CGUGACUGAGUUUUUGUUCUCUUAAGGCACAGAAAUUCUGAGAACAAAAUGCUUCCUGCAACUUUCAAACUGUGCGCUGGCAUCUCCUACCGCCAUAUGAGGAACAUGAGAGGUUUAAGAAAGAAUGCAAUUGUGGCUAUACACCAUGAGCUGGACCGACUUGCCGGUCCAGGCCCCAGUAACUGGAUCAGCCAAGUCCGGAGAAGAAGUUCCUUCCUCAGUUCUCCGAUUAAGGAGGAGAAUGGAUACAGUGAGGAAGAAAUGUCCUAUGUGAAACAAGGUGAAGAUGCGCUGCAGAAAGCUAUUGGCAUCCUCAGUGAGCAGGAGGGCUGGAUUGUUGAGACUGUCGCUGCAAACGGAGAUAAAGUCUUGAGUAAGGUGUUGCCUGGCAUCGGAAAGGUGUUCAGGUUAGAGGUUCUGUUAGACCAACAUCCUGAUAGCCUUUAUGGAGAGCUGGUGGGAAACAUGGAGCAGAUGGCUGAGUGGAACCCAAACGUGAAGCAGGUCAAGAUUCUUCAAAAGAUCGGCAAGGACACAUUGGUGACCCAUGAGGUAUCAGGAGACACACCGGGCAAUGUAGUGGGGCCUCGGGAUUUUGUCAGUGUUCGCUGUGCAAAGCGCCGCGGCUCCGCCUGCUUCCUGGCUGGAACGUCCACUCAACACCCAAAGAUGCCUGAGCAGAGGGGUGUGGUCAGGGCAGAGAAUGGACCCACUUGUAUAGUUAUGAAGCCCAGCAGUGAAGACCCCAAUAAGACCAAGUUCACUUGGUUACUAAAUAUAGAUUUAAAGGGUUGGAUCCCAAAGACAAUCAUCAACAAAGUGCUCUCCCAGACACAGGUGGACUUUGCCAACCACCUCAGGCAAAGGAUGGCCAAUCAGGUUUCCGUGGAGAUGGCUCACACUUGCUGACACAACAUGCCUGCUGUGCUUCGACAUUAUACGCUCAGUAGUGGCAGAGGAGAGACUAAUGUGCCAUCAAACAACACAAACACGCUAUGAUCAGCAAAGAAAAAAAAUUGCUAAUAGGGAAAUUAAAUUAAUACAUUGCUUGGCUUAAAAUCUGAGCACACUUGUGUUUCUCUCACACAUUAAUAGGCAAUCUGUGAAUGAGACACCAAUCAUAUUGUUGAUUAACAUGUUCAUUCAGAUUGAACCAUUCCGCCUUGAGCCGGUCUGAGGAGUCAAACAGUUAAUGAACAGCACAUUGUUUCAGAGUGAUAAUACCUUGGGUAUCAUGUCGCUCCACUGUGAAUUGCACAUUUUAUUGCUGUGCUUUAUUUAUUGAUUUUGUGCCAUUGCAAUAGCUGCUAUGUGAAUAAACGAUCUCCAUGCCAUUGAUAUUUAUGAGUGUAUGCAAAAAGGUACCGAAGAGAUUUUUUUGCUGAUACCUGAAAACUCAAAUAAAUGCUAUGCUGACAACCCAUCA